UCCCCCGGCUUUAUAAGUUGACGAUGUAUAUACCUCACGUGCAUGUCCUACCCUGUCCCAGUUAGGCUCCAAUGCCUUCACGGUGCAAAAUGUGGUCCAAUUGGCUGUAGGUCCCCGUACUCUGGUAUACCCUCCAACAUGGUUAAAUCAUUCAUCACGUGAUUUUAUCCAGUUAUGGCGCGUUUGAAGACGAUGACAUGCUGCUCUUUCUUCCACCCUGCCCAUCCCUACUUCUUCCUGCCUUUCGUGAGUCUACGGUACCUCCAAUGAUUCAAUGCCGUGCUAGUGUUAUCAAAGCUGCGAGGAUGUUUUCAACCCUCGUUGGUCACUCCGGUCGCGAGUAUGUAUGCCAAAAAUUGCUCCAGCGACAUCCUACAAAACCGGCGCUUGAUAUCCACCUUGCACUCUGCGAUGGCAAACCCUUCGUUCUAAAGCCUGUUUCCCAGUCAAUCUUUGAUCUCUUGGAGGAGUUUAAAGACGAUUUUGGGAAUAAUCCUCGCCUCCGAAUCCACGUAGACGAAAAUAAAAAGGAAAACGUACUUGUUUACGAGUACUUUAAAAGCGAUUUGCUUUCGUUGGUAGAGAAUUAUCCAGCCCUUCCGAUAGAGGCAAGAAAGACAAUUCUGAAAGAGGUUGCGCUGGGGCUGAAUGAUAUUCAUACAAAGCAUUGGAUACACUUAGACGUAAAGCCAAAUAAUGUCUUUCUCAAUUGGUAUGUGGACGAGAAGGAUCAAUUCCAGCUUGGAAAGGUGGCAUUGGGGGAUAUGGACUGUGCUUUGAAACUGGAAGGCCAAAAGCUCCUAAACCAAAGGAUGGGGAACGUCAUGUGGCGUAGCCCAGAAGGGCAACUGGGGAAGGGUGUUGGGAAACCUUCGGACGUGUUCUCUUAUGCACUUCUAUGUCUCUACGUUAUCACGGGCGCGCAAUGCUUUCACCCAGACUUCGAGAAACUUGAUACUGAACCCGAGCCAGUGAUUUUGUUCAUGUUGCUUUCCGCCUUCGGCCCGCUACCAGAUGCGCUCGUUGAGCAUGUCAACGACGAGGAAGCGGGAGCGCUUUUAAAAGACCUGUGGCAGGCCAUAACAGAAGACGAAUCAAACGAAGCUUUUGAGCAAUGGUCUGAGGAGAGGCUUCCUAACCUUGACAACGAGGCAAAGAGGUUGAUAUUGAGAAUGACAAAUCUCGAUCCAGCGAAGAGAGCAUUAAUGUCGGAUAUUGUAAUGGAUCCUUAUUGGAACUGAGUUGAAGAGCUCCCACGGCAUUGAUAGGAUUGCAAACGAGCGAGGUGACGAUCCAGAUUGGUGCAAAUGUAUAGAAUUGGAAGAUGUGGAAAGGUAUCGGAUAGUACUUGGGUUGUAAUUACUGACGUCUAACAAGUCUUUCAUCUCAACACUUUUGCGUAAUAGAUCUCCAACAUUCCCUCACCACACACAGUCCGUCUCUACAUCACAAACGAGUGUCCAAGUGCCAAUUCCACCACUUCUCCCGCGUCCUUCCCACAUAAAAAGAGUGCUUCAAAAUACAUGCCAGCCCGACACUUUAGACUCAAGGAUAGACGUGCUUAGUCGAAACGUGGUUGCCGUCCUUGUCCUCAAAGACAGUGGUGAAGUGACUCUUGCUAUCGCUCGAGCUUGGAUGCUCCUUUUCACUAAGCUUCGCAUCAGCAUUCAAUCAGGGCCAUAUGGGAAAAAUGUCAUUCACGCCAAUAUGGCGACCGUGGCGCCGGCAGGAAUAUCGGCCUUCUCUAUAGCUUUGCUGAAAUCAUCCUGAACGCUACUGGCUAGGUAGCUCCGAUCCCAAGUCUCAGUCUUAGUGGCAUACUUAACCAUGACGUUCUUGCCACUGUUGGCGACGGUUUUGAUCGUCUGGCUGGAAAGGAUUUUGUUGGCGGGCAUCUUGCUUGAGGACAAUGAGUUAUGCAAAGAAGCAAUGAAUCGUCUUGAGUGCUUCUCUUCUUAAAUGAGCUCUUUGAUGGUU